UACAUCAGCCUACCGCCUCCAUUCAAAUCAGCUUGUGGCAGCAGAACACUSAAGACUUCCAAGAUUUACUCGCGAAGCAAAUGUGUGAUGGAAUGCACCACACGUAAAGUAAUUCGACAAUGUGGUUGUAGACUGCUGGGGUUGCCUGACCUACCAGAGUACAACGGCUCAAAACAUUGCACUCCGAAAGAAAUGUUCUCUUGUGGAAUAUUUGAUUAUCCCAGCUCCAGCGAAGUGAAAGUUUCRUUUCUAAAUGCCUUGUUCAAAUAUUUCUUAACUUCUGAUAGUUCCUACUCAACUGAUAAUCCAGGAAGAGAAUGUGAUUGCCCAAAAACGUGUACGCAAAUUCAGCACAAAAUUGCACAAAUUAACGUCAUAUCGUUAAUGUCUGAGUCGUUUUUGAGGGAAACCUUCCCCUUUCGCGAAACUCCAAACAAAGAUCAAGAAAUACGGAAUCUUAUGACGUCUUUUAG